GAAAUGUGUUGUGGGCUUGAAACAUGGGGGAAGUUGCCUAAAGAGGCCUCACACAAGAAGAUAUGCAAUGGAGUCGGAUAAGCCGAAAGCUGGUGCAGAUUGGCAUUUCAUAAGCUCAGCUCAGCUGCGGACGUUUUCAAGACGGGACCAUUGGCGAUCGAUCUACCACUCUUGAGAACAGAGAUAGCUAUUCCCACUUUGGGUGGUUUGCUUUGCAGUAGCAUGGAGGCCCGAUUGUUUGUUCACUUGAUGAGGCUACGUCAUGCAAUUGGGCCCUUUUUUUAUUGAAAGAAGAUUGGAAAAAAAAAACCCAGCUGAGCUAUAACUUCCAUCUGCAACGGCCGGCCGAGCUAUUCAACGGCGACCAAAGAGAAGGAGAAAAACCAAACCAUGCGCAUGAUAUUGUCUCCCAUGGCGAGCUGAUUUUUUUGUUUAAACGAGACAUGGUCCACGAUGCCUUCACGCAUCUGCCAGCUGGACAAGGGUUUUGCUGUUGAUGUGGGGCAGCUUCUUGGCUGGAAAGUGGAGUUACGUCAUGGCAUGAUGGGAUUUGAUGGUUGCGUCUUGGCGGGACCAAUUGAGAUCGGCGUUGGUCGAUAGACAGGAUCCACUUUUGCUCGAUCUCUUGGCAGGGAGGAGAGGAGAGGAGGGGUUGUUUGCUGCUGCUGCUGCUACGCAAGAGGCGCUGGUGUGUUGGUUGUUGUGUGGAUUGGGUGAAGGGAAUACAAAUACCUACUGCUGCUGGCUGGCGCGGUAGGUGGUGUUGAUCUUAUGACCUGCGGUUUGGUUUCAAUGACCUCAUACUUUUUUGGUUAGUGUAAGAGCUUCUAUAUCUUUACUUCUAGCUGCUGCUGCACGGGCUUGUAGUUGGGAACGAACCUCUUGUUGGUUUUUUUUUUUUUUCAUUUUAGGAUCCUAGGAAAAAGGAAAGGGACCCUUACCACCAACAGCCAACCAUCCAAUCUUGUGUUUCUCCACACUUGUUAACUCGAUCCCUCCCCUCCCGUCCCCCCGGCUCCAGGCCCAACAACCUACCCACCCCAACACCGCUUCCUUUUAUUUUUAUUUUACUUUAUCUCUCGAUGCAUUUCAAGCGACUUUCGAGAGGACAUUCUCUCCGCAAACCAGAGACGUCCGCCACUGCCUCUUCCGCCUCCGCUCAGCAGCAACCGGAGAAGUUACAGACUAUCACAGCACCAGCAGAGAGUAGUGUUAUUCGGGAAGAACCAGCGUCAAUGUCUACUGUUACUUCGCCUGUUGAGCCCUCGAGGCAGAGCACGCUUGCGAGCAACCUUAGUGACGAGGCUGUUCCUGAGCACGAUCCCAACACCACGGCUGGCCUCCUUGCGCAGAGGUUGCAGGCAUGGAAGCAUGCUGUCGGUUACCUCGAGGAGUACGUCGAGGCGGUCGAGAAGGUGCACAAGAACUCGUCCAAGGAGUAUGAGAGGGUUUUGAAGACCAUCUCCAAACCCCUCCGCGAAGGCGAGCACUUUGAUCAAUCCCUCGGCGGCGUCGCCGGCUUCUUUGAAAACAUGCGCGUCAACACCCAAGCCCUGAUCAACACCAACGCCGAGACGGAGAAAUCCAUCAAGGGCUCUGUCCUGCCCGUGCUCGAGCGCCUCCACAAGGAAAUCAAGCACAAGGCCAAGGAGCUCGCCCACGGCGCGGAAAAGGGCGCCAAGGAAGUCGAAAAGGCGCGCAACACGACUCAGAAGCACAUUGAGCUCCUGGGCCAGCACACGGCUGCUUUUGAGUCUAGCGGGGCCAAGCACCACCCUAACGACGACCCAUAUGUCAUCCAGCGGGGCGUGCUGCACAGACUGAACAAGCAGGUCCAGGAGGAGAACAAUCAGCGUAACGAUCUGAUUGCUGUGCAGGCGAACUUUCAGGAGUUUGAGGCGCACGUCAUCGGGACGGUGCAGCAGGCCAUGGAGGCGUUUAACAGCUUUGUUGGGGGCCAGGCGCUGAAGGUGCAGGCGUUGUAUGCGGACAUGCUUGGUUCUGCCCAGAGGAUCCCGCCCGAUUUUGAGUGGAAGGGAUUUGUCAAGAGGUCGGGGGAUAAGCUGGUUGAUCCGGCGGAGGGGCCUAGGACAGUGGAGGCGAUUCAGUUCCCGAAUCAGAAUCAUGCUUCGACCAAGGCGCUGAUUGAGGGGAGCUUGGAGAGGAAGAGUAGGAAUAAGCUCAGCUGGGGGUAUUCCACGGGUUACUAUGUGGUUACCCCGGCCAAGUUCUUGCACGAGUUCAAGGAUGAUGAUAACUACAGGAAGGACCCGACGCCGGAGUUGAGUAUUUACUUGCCGGAUGCGAUUAUUGGUUUGCCGGCCGGGGAGAAAUUUAACGUCAAGGGGAAGGACAAGAGUGGUGGGUUGGGGAGCAAGUUGUCGGGGAGUAGCGAGUUGAGCUUCAAGGCGCACAGUCCGGCCGAGGCGAUGAAGUGGUUUGAGGUUAUCAAGAAGGUGGCGGGGGCUACGCCUGGGAGCCCGACGGUGCCGAGUCCGGCGGAAGAGGUGAAGGUCAAUCCGGUCGAGGCGGCGGCUGCGCCCGCGACGCAGGGGGUUACUGGUGCGGAGGAGAAGCCGAAACCGGUUGUGGCUGUUCCCGAGGCGAGCACCUCGGCGGCGGCGGAUGCUAAGGCUCAGGAGGCGGGGGUUGCGCCUGCUGCUGUUGCUCCUGCUGCCGCACCUGCGGCGGCGGAUGAGAAGGCUGCCGUGAAGGCUUAGGGGGAUCUUCAGGGUGGUGGUUCUGUUGAGAGGAGGGUGGCUGGGAGUUGGGUUGAUGGAGUUGGGGAGGAGGGAGUUUGGAGCGUGGAGGGGUAUGAGGAUGAGGAGGGGUAUACCAUGUUCUCGAGGGAGUGAUGUUUGUUCCUGGGCGGGAGAUUGUCAUUGUUGCUUGCUGUUUUUGUUUCAUGAGUUGAGAGAAGCCUAAUAAUACCCUGAGUUUUGUUGUUGUUGCAUGUUUGUCUGCAUUAAUUAUGAUACUUCGUGCAUGGGCCAUGAAUUCGAUAAAGAUCAACGCAUAUGACAUGUCCAGCAAAAAAUACGGCAUCUCCCUUCUUACACCCCUUCUCUAA